UUUUGCUACACAAUUAAAUUAAAUGUAAUCCGUUAAAAUGAGUACUACUAAACGGGACAUGGAUAUAUUAAUAAAGAAACGAAGCAGUAUCAAAGGAAAACUAACACGGGUCUUCAACUUCGCCUCACAGUUGGAUCCGAAAAGCACCACGCCCACGCACCAUGAGGUGCGCGUGAGGCUGGAGGACAUGAAUUCAGUACUGAUUCAAUUUGAAGAGAUACAGGACAGUAUUGAAGAAAGUGAACAGUAUUCACAAGAGCAUGAAGAGGAAAGAGCGACCUUCGAAAAUCGGUAUUACCAAACAAAAGCUCUCAUGGAGUCGUUCCUCGGCGGCGGCGGCGGUGGCGGCACAACCACACAGCCAGCCACUACACAACAUGAGUGUACAGCACAAAGGAAGCCCCAGGUGAAGCUGCCUCAACUCGAGCUACCACGGUUCGACGGUGACGUCCGGCAAUGGCCGGCCUUUAAGAACAUAUUUUACGCCUCCGUGGACAGCGCGGAUCUCCCAACGGUCAACAAGCUACAGUAUCUGAAGUCGGCGCUAACAGGGGAAGCUGCAGGGUUGGUCAACUCUCUACUCAUUACGGAAGAAAACUACACAAAGGCCCUUGACAUAUUAAACAAAAGCUAGAAUAAAGAUACAAGAUGCUAACGGCAAAUGGAUAACGGCUCGUGCUCUCUUGGAUACUGGAAGCGAAGUCAACAUUGUUACCCGCAGACUUGCCUUAGCUUUACAACUUAAGGAAAACCACAACCAAUGCACCAUACAAGGGGUAGGCAACAGCCACAAUCAAACACAAGUAAGUGUUAAUGCCAAUAUUUCAUCACACUAUGACAACUAUCAAACAAAUCUCACAUUCUUAGUCAUGAAUAACAUUACUAUGCCACUACCACAUACAUUCAUAGACACACACUCUUGGAACAUACCAAACCAACCAGCUAGUACACUAGCAGACCCAACAUUCUACAAACCAGGUGCUAUUGACCUCCUCAUAGGAGCAGAACUCUUCUAUGACACACUACAAGCAGGACACAUCAAGUUAGGUCCCAACAUGCCUCAUUUAAUACAAACUACAUUAGGGUGGGUUGUAUCUGGUCCUGUUAAUACAAACUUACCUUCUGGCACUCAGCGAGUCAACAUGCAUGUUUCACAGUCAACUGAAUCUCUCUUAAACUCAUUUUGGGAGCAGGAAGAGAUGCCUCCUGUGAAGUUACUGUCCCCAGAGGAUAAAUAUUGUGAGGAUUUAUACAAAGCCACAACUACACAAGACCAUACAGGUCACUACACAGUUAAUCUUCCAUUACAAGAAGAAAAACUUAAUGAAUUAGGUUCUUCAUUUAACACUGCUUAUCGCUACCUUAGGCAACUUGAAUCAACCUUUCAGAAAGAUCCAAACAUUUAUGAAAAGUACAAAGCUUUUAUACAUGAAUUCAUUGAACUUGGUCAUGCUCAAUACAUAGAC